AAUUUUUUUUCCCCCAAGCGAAGCAUGAGCAGUGGUUAAGUGGAAAAUGGAGGCUGAAUUUUACAUGGCGAUUCUUACCUGCUUGGUCUUCGGGAACUCAGAGGGGUUUCAGAUUGUCCAUAUCCAUAAACAACAGUGCCUUUUCAAAAAGAAUACAGUGUUCAUGGGCUUGUGUAACGGGACCAACCAGAACCAGCAGUGGAUGUGGACUGAGAAUGGAAAGCUCCUUCAUGUGAAAUCUGCACUGUGCCUGGGCAUCUCCAAUUCUUCUGGUGGUCCUUCCCGAUCAGCCAUCUUUGUCCACUGCUCCCAGGCACCCAGAUGGACUUGCGAUGAGAAGGGAGGAUUCCUUGAAGUGGAAAAUACCUCUCUCUUUCUCAAGAAGCAAGGCGACAAGGCAGUGGUCAAGAAGGGCAGGAAAUACCUCCAUAGCUGGAUGAAAAUAGAUGUCAACAAGGAGGGAAAACGAGUCAAUGAAAACCUCUGCUUAAAAAAAGCUGGCCUGGGAGCAGAAGUUUCAGUAAGGAGCAUUAGAAACACGGCAUCGCCCCAAGUACCCACCACUUUCAAUGCCAUUCCAUAUAGCGUGGAACACCUCAUUAGCAAUACCACAGAGGCCUUCACCAGCAGGACUAACAACAACUACAGGCAAAACAGCAGCCAGAGGCAGCCACCCAACCUGCAGAUGACUGGAAGCACAGAGACAUCUUGGGUUCCCUGGACUACUCAGCCCUUCUCCAGCACCACCCUAGAGGUUGGAUUGGGGGAGCCAGUGAGAUGUAACUUCACCGUGACGGAGUCCAUGGUCUUCAGCCGGUCUGCGUCUCUCCAGUGGCGAACUUUGGGACCUCCCUGUAACUUCAGCCUCAUGUAUAGCAGUGACACAUCACAGUUCGCGAGGUGCCACCCUCUGCAGAUAGACAACACCACCUAUGAAUGUAAACCCAAGGAUUUACAAGCGGGAACCAUCUAUAACUUCAGGAUUGUGCCUCUGGAUGGAGAAGAGAGAAUUGUGGUCUUGCAAACAGAUCCUCUGCCUCCUGCUAGGUUUGAGGUCAAUAAAGAGAAGACGACUUCAACCAGCUUGCAUGUUUGGUGGACGCCUUCUCCUGGAAAAGUCACCUCUUAUGAGGUGCAGUUAUUUGAUGAUAACCAAAAGAUUCAGGAGGCCCAAAUUCAAGAAAGUGCUUCAUGGAAUGUAUAUGCAUUUUUUAACCUUACUGCUGGGAAUAAAUACAAUAUUGCCAUCACAGCUAUUUCUGGAAAUAAACGUUCCUCUGCAAUUCAUACCAAUGGAUCAACAGUGCCAUCCCCGGUGAAAGAUAUUAGUAUUUCAGCAAAAACGAAUUCCCUCCAGAUUUCCUGGUCCCGUGGUCCUGGGAAUGUGGAAGGAUACCAGCUGAUGCUGAUGGAUAAAGGGACUCUAGUUCACAGCAGUGUUGUGGACAAAUAUACUACUUCCUACACUUUUCACGGGCUGACGCCUGGCCACCUGUAUAACCUCACCAUUGUGACCGAGGCUGCAGGGCUACAAAACCUGAGAUGGAAACCAGCCAGGACAACCCCCAUGGAAGUCUCAAAUCUGAAGGUGACAAAUGAUGGCACUUUGACCUCUUUAAAAGUCAAGUGGCAAAGACCUUCUGGAAAUGUGGAUUCCUACAAUAUUAUCCUGUCUCACCAAGGGACUAUCAAAGAAACCAGAAUAUUAGCACCCUGGGUUACUGAAACCCAUUUUGAAGACUUAACCCCUGGACGACUUUACCAAGUUACCAUCAGCUGUGUCUCUGGUGAACUGUCUGCUCAGAAGAUGGCAGUGGGCAGAACAGUUCCAGACAAAGUUGGGAACCUGGAGGCCAACAGCAAUGGUUCCGUCAGGUCCCUAGUAGUGAGCUGGUCGCCCCCUGCUGGAGACUGGGAACAGUAUCGCGUCCUGCUCUUCAAUGAUUCUGCCUUGCUGCUCAACAUCACUGUGGGAAAGGAGGAAACACACUAUGUCUUAAGCGACAUGGGGCUCAUACCGGGAAGACAGUAUGAGGUAGAAGUCACUGUUGAAAGUGGAAAUCUGAAGAAUUCUAAGCGUUGCCAAGGCAGGACAGUCCCCCUGGCUGUCCUUCAGCUUCGUGUCAAACAUGCCAAUGAAACCUCCCUAGGCAUCAUGUGGCAGACCCCUGUUGCAGAAUGGGAGAAAUAUAUCAUUUCACUAGCCGACAGAGACCUCUUGCUCAUCCACAAGUCACUCCCCAAAGAUGCCAAAGAAUUCACUUUUACUGACCUCGUGCCUGGACGAAAAUACAUAGCUACAGUUACCAGUAUUAGUGGAGACUUAAAAAAUUCAUCUUCAACAAAAGGAAGAACAGUGCCUGCCCAAGUGACUGCCUUGCAGGUGGCUAACCAAGGGACAACCAGCAGCCUGUUUACUACCUGGACCCGGGCACUGGGAGACAUAGAGUUCUACCAAGUCUUACUCAUCCAUGAAAAUGUGGUCAUCAAAAAUGAAAGUGUCUCCAGUGAGACCAGCAGAUACAGCUUCCACUCCCUCAAAUCAGGCAGUUUCUACUCCGUGGUGGUGACGACUGUAAGCGGAGGGAUCUCUUCCCGACAAGUGGUCGCGGAAGGAAGGACGGUCCCUUCCAGUGUGAGUGGAGUAACGGUAAACAACUCUGGCCGUAAUGACUACCUCAGCGUAUCCUGGCUGCCAGCUCCCGGAGAUGUGGAUAACUACGUAGUGACGCUCUCUCAUGACAGCAAGGUGGUUCAGUCCCUCAUUAUUGCCAAGUCUGUCAGCGAAUGUUCCUUCAGCUCCCUCACCCCAGGCCGCCUUUACAAUGUGACCAUAACUACAAGGAGUGGCAAGUAUGAAAAUCAUUCCAUCAGCCAAGAGCGGACAGUGCCUGACAAGGUCCAGGGAGUCAGUAUUAGCAACUCGGCCAGGAGUGACUAUUUAAAGGUAUCCUGGGUGCAUGCCACUGGAGACUUUGAUCACUAUGAAGUCACCAUUAAAAACAAAAACAACUUCAUUCAAACGAAAAGCAUUCCCAAGUCUGAAAAUGAGUGUAUAUUUGUUAAGCUAGUCCCUGGACGGUUGUACAGUGUCACUGUUAGUACAAAAAGUGGACAGUAUGAAGCCAGUGAACAAGGGAAUGGGAGAACAAUCCCAGAGCCCGUUAAGGAUCUAACAUUGCGGAAUAAGAGUACUGAGGAUCUUCACGUGACUUGGUCACGAGCUGAUGGUGAUGUCGACCAGUAUGAGAUUCAACUGCUCUUCAAUGACAUGAAAGUAUUUCCUCCUUUUCACCUUGUAAAUACCGCAACUGAGUAUCGAUUCACCUCCCUAACACCAGGGCGUCAGUAUAAAAUUCUUGUCUUGACCAUCAGUGGAGAUGUACAGCAGUCAGCCUUCAUUGAGGGCUUCACCGUUCCUAGUGCUGUCAAAAAUGUUCACAUUUCUCCUAAUGGGGCAACAGAUAGCCUAACGGUGAACUGGACUCCUGGUGGGGGAGAUGUGGAUUCCUACACAGUGUCAGCAUUCAGGCAAAAUCAAAAGGUUGAGUCUCAGACUAUCCCCAAGCACAUCUCUGAGCACACGUUCCACAGACUGGAGGCCGGGGAACAGUACCAGAUCGUGAUUGCCUCAGUCAGCGGCUCCCUGAGGAACCAGAUAGAUGCGCUCGGGCGGACAGUCCCAGCGUCUGUCCAAGGUAUAAUGGCAGACAAUGUAUACAGCAGUCAUUCCUUAAUAGUAAGCUGGCAAAAAGCCAUUGGCGUAGCAGAAAGAUAUGACAUCCUGCUUCUCAAUGAAAAUGGGAUCCUUCUGAGUAACACAUCAGAGCCAGCCACCACUAAGCAGCACAAAUUUGAAGACCUAACACCAGGAAAGAAAUACAAGAUACAGAUCCUAACUGUCAGUGGAGGCCUCUUUAGCAAGGAAGCCCAAACCGAAGGCCGAACAGUCCCAGCAGCCGUCACCAAUCUGAGGAUCACAGAAAACUCCACCAGACACCUGGCCUUUAGCUGGACCACCUCGGAGGGAGAGCUCAACUGGUACAACAUCUUCCUGUACAACCCAGAUCGGACUCUUCAGGAGAGAGCUCAAGUUGACCCACAAGUCCAGAGCUUUUCUUUCCAAAAUUUGCUACAAGGUCGAAUGUACAAAAUGGUGAUUGUAACUCACAGUGGGGAGCUGUCUAAUGAGUCUUUCAUAUUUGGUAGAACAGUCCCAGCCUCUGUGAGUAACCUCAAGGGAUCCAAUCGGAAUAUGACAGACAGUCUCUGGUUCAGCUGGAGUCCAGCCCCUGGGGACUUCGACUUUUAUGAGCUGAUUCUCUAUAACCCCAAUGGCACAGAGAAGGAAAACUGGAAAGACAAAGGCCUGACAGAGUGGCGUUUUCAUGGUCUUGUUCCUGGAAGGAAGUACACACUGUGUGUGGUAACUCACAGUGGAGAUCUUAGCAACAAAGUCACGGGGGAGAGCAGAACAGCCCCAAGUCCUCCCAGUCUUAUAUCAUUUGCCGAUGUUGCAAACAUAUCCUUGGCCAUCACCUGGAAGGGGCCACCAGACUGGACAGACUAUGAUGACUUUGAGCUGCAGUGGUUACCCAGAGAUGCCAUCACGGUCUUCAACCCCUACAGCAACAGAAAGUCAGAAGGGCGCAUUGUGUAUGGCCUUCGUCCAGGGAGAUCCUAUCAAUUCAGUGUCAAGACUGUCAGUGGUGAUUCCUGGAAAACUUACAGCAGACCAAUUUCUGGAUCCGUGAGGACAAAGCCAGACAAGAUACAAAACCUGCAUUGCCGGCCUCAGAACUCCACGGCCAUUGCCUGUUCUUGGAUCCCUCCUGAUUCUGAUUUUGAUGGGUAUAACAUCGAAUGCCGGAAAAUGGACACUCAAGAAGUUGAGUUCUCCAAAAAGCUGGAGAAAGAAAAAUCCCUGCUCAAUAUUAUGAUGCUAGUGCCCCAUAAGAGGUACCUGGUGUCCAUCAAGGUGCAGUCAGCUGGCAUGACCAGCGAGGUGGUUGAAGACAGCACUAUCACAAUGAUAGACCGUCCUCCUCCUCCACCUCCACAUAUUCGUGUGAACAAAAAGGAUGUGCUCAUUAGCAAAUCUUCCAUCAACUUUACUUUCAACUGCAGCUGGUUCAGCGACACCAAUGGAGCUGUGAAAUACUUCACAGUGGUAGUGAGAGAGGCUGAUGGCAGUGAUGAGCUGAAGCCAGAACAACAGCACCCUCUGCCCUCCUACCUGGAUUACAGGCACAAUGCCUCCAUUCGAGUGUACCAGACUGAUUACUUUGCCAGCAAAUGUGCCGAAAGUCCUGACAGCAACUCCAAGAGUUUUAACAUUAAGCUUGGAGCAGAGAUGGAAAGCCUGGGUGGAAAAUGUGAUCCCAAUCAGCAGAAAUUCUGUGAUGGACCACUGAAGCCGCGCACUGCCUACAGGGCCAGCUCAUCUCCAGGCGCCAUCCCGCACGGGCGCAUGGACAGCCACCUCAGCAGCUCUCCUGUCCAGAUGACUGGAGCAACUCCAAAUGGCUUCAGUAGCUCCCUUACUGAUUCUUUAGCACUAAUGUUCCCACCUGGGUUUGUUGUCUCCAUCUGGAUUAUUGUAGAGCCUCUGUUCGGAGUUAUUGAAGGUGUGAGUGCUGGUCUGUUCUUAAUUGGCAUGCUGGUGGCUGUCGUUGCCUUAUUCAUCUGCAGACAGAAAGCGAGCCAUGGUCGAGAAAGGCCCUCUGCCCACCUGAGCAUCCGCCGGGAUCGACCACUAUCUGUUCACUUGAACCUGGGCCAGAAAGGUAACCGGAAAACUUCUUGCCCUAUAAAAAUAAUUCAGUUUGAAGGACACUUCAUGAAGCUGCAGGCUGACUCCAACUACCUUCUAUCCAAGGAGUAUGAGGACUUAAAAGACGUGGGUCGAAACCAAUCAUGUGAUAUUGCACUCUUGCCGGAGAAUAGAGGGAAAAAUCGAUACAACAAUAUAUUGCCCUAUGAUGCCUCUCGAGUGAAGCUGUCCAAUGUAGAUGAUGACCCCUGCUCCGACUACAUCAAUGCCAGCUACAUCCCUGGCAACAGCUUCAGAAGAGAAUACAUUGCUACUCAGGGGCCUCUUCCUGGCACGAAGGAUGAUUUCUGGAAAAUGGCGUGGGAACAGAAUGUUCACAACAUCGUCAUGGUGACCCAGUGUGUCGAGAAGGGCCGAGUAAAGUGUGACCAUUACUGGCCAGCGGACCAGGAUUCCCUCUACUAUGGAGACAUGAUCCUGCAGAUGGUCUCGGAGUCCGUGCUGCCCGAGUGGACCAUCCGAGAGUUUCGGAUAUGCAGCGAGGAACAGCUAGAUGCACACAGACUCAUCCGCCACUUUCACUACACGGUGUGGCCAGACCAUGGAGUCCCGGAGACCACCCAGUCCCUGAUCCAGUUUGUGAGAACCGUCAGGGACUACAUCAACAGGUCGCCCGGUUCUGGGCCCACUGUGGUGCAUUGCAGCUGGAAGGAGACUGCACAUGCUUUAUUCUUGCCUCUCACCAUUCUUACUCCUUGGAAUGGCCUUAUCGUUCUCUCCUCCACCUAUUGA